AUGUCAGAAGUAAAGGUCAAGAAAUUUUGGAUUUACAUCAAAAACACACCGAGGGUGACCGCUGUAAAAGUACCACUCGAUGAGACAGCAGAAGCAAUCAUCGUGGCAGCGCAAAGCAAAUACGGACCUGAGAUAUCUCAUUAUCCGCUGGUCGAAUUGACGUUGGUUGACAGCAAAGGAAAAAUCGUUGACCCCACAAUAGAAAUCGCAGAAAUAACUAGUGUGAAUUCGAGGGACGAACCAUUUGAGAUCAGGAUUCUCGAUAUUGAAGGUAAAUUUGUGGAAAACGAAGAUGUUCAAGUGUUUGUACUCGUGAAAUACGAGGGUGAAGAUAUUUAUUAUCCUACUGCAGCAACCUUUCGAAGUCAAUAUGAAGUCGACCAAUUCCUUGUGGACAAGCAUUUUCAAUCGGUUGAUCACGAGGGUAGGCCGACGGGCACCUCAAGAACCCGUCGUUACAAGGAUCUAAUUCCACUUUCAUACUAUUCCAUCGUCUAA